AUGACUGAAGUGUGUGCUGUUUCUGUUGCUGACAGGGAAGGCCGCUCUAAUGCUCACAUUAAAGGAGAUUACCAAAGAAUCGGAGAUGUUAUGCUGAAGAACAUUCAGAGUAUGAAGCAACUGACAAUUCACCUGUGGAAGCACGAUGAGAUUUUAAUGGAAUUGGAGAAUGGAAUCAAGAAUUCACGCAAGCUGGAGACCUUCUGCAGGGAUUUUGAGCUACAGAAAGUCUGCUACUUGCCUCUCAAUACCUUCCUUCUCAGACCUUUACACAGGCUUAUGCACUACAAGCAGAUAAUGGAGAGGCUUUGCAAACACUACCCACCAAGCCACGUAGACUUCAGGGAUUCAAGAGCUGCUCUGGCUGAGAUUUCUGAAAUGGUGGCUCAGCUCCAUGGCAAUAUGAUAAAGAUGGAGAACUUCCAGAAGCUGCAUGAACUCAAGAAAGACUUGAUAGGCAUAGACAAUCUGGUGAUCCCAGGAAGGGAGUUCAUUAGACUGGGCAGUCUAAGUAAGCUGUCUGGAAAAGGUUUACAGCAACGGAUGUUUUUCCUGUUUAACGAUAUUUUGUUGUACACAAGUAGAGGCCUGACGGUAUCAAAUCAGUUUAAAGUCCACGGGCAUCUUCCGCUGUAUGGCAUGACAAUAGAAGAAAGUGAAGAGGAAUGGGGAGUUCCUCAUUGUCUAACGCUACGAGGUCAACACCAGUCCAUCGUUGUUGCUGCAAGUACCCGUGCUGAAAUGGACAAAUGGACUGAGGACAUUCAGAUGGCAAUAGACCUGGCAGAGAAAAGCAGUGGCCCUGCCCCAGAGUUACUGGCUAGCAGCCCACCUGACAAUAAGUCUCCUGAUGAAACUACUGUAGACCAGGAAUCUGAGGACGACCUCAGUGCAUCCCGCACCUCACUCGAACGUCAGUCACCACACCGUGGCAACACUACGGUGCACGUCUGCUGGCACAGAAAUACCAGUGUUUCAAUGAUCGACUUUAGUAUUGCUGUGGAGAACCAACUGUCUGGAAAUCUCCUAAGAAAAUUCAAAAACAGCAACGGGUGGCAGAAGCUUUGGGUGGUGUUCACCAACUUCUGCAUGUUCUUCUAUAAAUCGCAUCAGGACAAUCAUCCUUUAGCCAGCCUUCCUUUAUUGGGAUAUUCACUUACCAUUCCUUCUGAAUCUGAAAACAUUCACAAAGAUUAUGUGUUCAAGCUACAUUUCAAAUCCCACGUGUACUACUUCAGGGCUGAAAGCGAAUACACAUUUGAAAGAUGGAUGGAGGUGAUCCGAAGUGCCACCAGCUCCGCCUCGCGCACUCGAGCUCUGAGUCAUAAAGAGCCUCACGUCUAUUGACGGCUGAACAAGCCGCCGUGUUGAUUGUCCGGCAGCUGCUGAUUUUCUAGGGGACAUUUGAAACUCUUUUCUCCCUCCAAGUUUAGUAAAACUUACUAUUUGGUAAAAGAAAAGUAAAAAAUAAGUAUGGUUUUGCAGAAACUUUCAUAAUUCCUCAGCAAAGCGGUUUAAGUUCCGUAUGUUCAAACUAGCUUACCACCAUCCCAGUGGCUGCGGUUCGUUUCAUGUCUUGUAUUUUGUCAUUCUGUGCUGUUUUUAGCUUGUGCCAGUAUUAAAAUAUUGUCCUUAUUAGAGUGCCAAAAGCCAAAAGACAUUUUAUUGCCUCAAAGAUUGCACCUAAAAAAAAAAAAAAGACAACUUCACAAUCUGGAAACUUUCUCCUCUGAGGCAAACACUAUUUCUUCUCUUUUCAUAAAAAUAUAUUAUUUUUUUUUACCAUGUUAAUCUAGACUGCUGGAUUUUUAAAUGUAGAUGGACUUUCACAGUAUAGAAUAUAAUUAUAUAUACAGCAAGCAGUCUAACAGGAAUGAGAUGAUAACCUUCAGAUUUCAUUUUUUUUCCCCAGUCUUUCUACAUUUAAUCAGCAAGGAAUUACUAAUUUUCUAUCUUUAACAAGGAAACAGUUUAUGGCUCAUUCUCAUUUCCCUUUGGGGUUACAAAUCCAUGUGGUAUAAAUAAAGUAUAGGAUUCUUAUCUAACCAUCUUCCUGGUGCAAGUUGACCAAAUUGUUCAUCUGUUGGCUUUGAAAAGUGAGUACUACUUGCAAGAUGAAAAAUUUUUUAAAUAAUCCAGUGCAAUAUUAUUUGGGCUGUUAAUGUACUGUGAAUGGUAUGUACAAGAAGAAAUUAAAGGCUGUGGUGACA